AGCGCACGCGGCGGGAUCUCUUUCCCUUUUAGCGCCAUCAGAGAGCGGGAGUCUCGCGCUGUUCACUGCGCAGCAGCACCGCCUCAGACAGACCUCUGCACAUCAGGCUCUCGGAAACAAAACGGUGAAACAACAUGGCAGAUCUUGACAAUAAAGACCAGACUGAAAUGGACCCAGCAGAUAUGGAGGAUGUUGAAGAGGUGGAGGAAGAGGAAACUGGGGAAGACAACAGUAAAGCACGUCAGCUGACGAUGCAGAUGAUGCAGAACCCUCAGAUUCUUGCGGCGCUGCAGGAGAGGUUGGAUGGGCUCGUGGGAUCUCCCUCAGGGUACAUGGAGAGCUUACCAAAGGUGGUGAAGAGACGCGUCAAUGCCCUUAAGAACCUCCAGGUCAAAUGCGCUCACAUCGAAGCAAAAUUCUAUGAAGAAGUGCACGAACUGGAGCGAAAAUACGCUGCUUUGUAUCAGCCCCUCUUCGACAAGCGGAGUGAUAUCGUGAAGGCAGCAUACGAACCCACAGAUGAGGAGUGUGAGUGGAAACCAGAUGAAGAGGAAGAGCUGACAGUAAGUAAGCAGGAGGAAAUGAAGGAAAAGGCCAAAGUGGAGGAAGAGAAGAAAGACGAGGAGAAGGAAGACCCUAAAGGAAUCCCAGAAUUCUGGCUCACAGUUUUCAAGAACGUCGACCUUCUCAGCGAAAUGUUGCAGGAACAUGAUGAACCAAUCCUUAAGCACUUACAAGACAUUAAAGUUAAAUUCUCAGAUGCAGGCCAACCAAUGAGUUUCACAUUAGAGUUCUACUUUGAACCCAACGAUUUCUUCGCAAACACAGUCCUGACAAAGACCUACAAAAUGAGGUCUGAGCCAGACGAGUCGGAUCCCUUCUCUUUCGACGGGCCUGAGAUCAUGGGCUGCACAGGGUGCACGGUCGACUGGAUUAAGGGCAAGAACGUCACAUUGAAAACCAUUAAGAAGAAACAGAAACAUAAGGGACGUGGCACUGUGAGGACGGUCACCAAGACAGUCCCCAAUGAUUCGUUCUUCAAUUUCUUCUCUCCGCCUGAAGUUCCAGAAAGCGGUGAACUGGACGAGGACUCUGAGGCCGUGUUAGCAGCAGACUUUGAGAUCGGUCACUUCAUCCGCGAGCGGAUCGUGCCCAGGGCAGUGCUAUACUUCACCGGCGAGGCCAUCGAAGAUGAUGACGAUGACUAUGACGAGGAGGGAGAGGAAGCCGAUGAUGAGGAGGGUGAAGAGGAGGCCGACGAGGAGAACGAUCCAGACUAUGAGCCCAAGGUAUAAGUGAUGUCUGUAGUAACCCUGCCCUGAAGGAUGCCAACCCUCCAGAGGAGUGCAAACAGCAGUGAUGGCGGCGCCACCUCCUUCAGGAUCCCCUACACUGUAACGGCUUCAAACAAACAUAGUUACUUAACGCCUUACAAUGUUUUGUAUUUUUCUUGGUAGGAAUAAUUGAAAAAUUAAAUAAAAGGGUUUCGAGAUUUUUGUUACAAAAAAAGAAAAAGGAAAAACCACCACACACCUCCUCUAUCGGGAGCCGCGGCUCAUGACGCAUAGUAUUUUACUAGAUCGGUUUCUUUCGUUUUCCUCUGUAUAAAUAGAUAGAAUGCAGAAAAUCCCUCGAAGCAUGACACUUGUUUCUUCACCGCUAAACUAGUUGGGUUCUCGUAAAGUCUUUUGUAUUGCUCUUAGACAACAGCUGUGGAAAGACGGUCCGGUUUACAGGAGAAGCGUCCGGAGAGAUUCAUUCGGUUAACAUUCCACGAAAACGUUGGCUGUUUUAGGUUGAGAGGAUGUUUAAAGCUCGGUGGAGACUGAUGCAUAUUCCCCAUCCGUUUAGUCGGCGCUCUGCUGCAUGACUCCUUUCUUUUCUAUGAGCACUUUGUGUUUUCGCCAUGUAUCCGUAGUGUUUAU